AUGAAGAGGAUGUUCUCCUGCUCCAGCUCGCAGGUGGCGGUGGAAAGCUGGAACAAGCAGGACCAGAAGCUGUUGGAAGCGGUGGAGAAGGGGGAUGUGGGGCGCGUGGCCGCACUCGCUGCCCGCAAGACAGCACGUCCCGCCAAGCUGAACGCCGUGGGGCAAUCCGCGAAUCCCAUGUGCCGGGAGGAGCUCCACGUCCCUCUUGUGCUGCCCCAGAGCUGGGCUCGGGAGUGGGGGGGGGGUGUCUGGAUCCCUGUGUCUGACCUCGAUUCUCUCCCUGUGCCCUCAGUGAACGUCGUGGAAGCCCUUCAGGAGUUCUGGCAGAUGAAGCAGUCGCGUGGAGCCGACCUGAAGAACGGAGCCCUCGUGGUGUACGAGAUGGUCCCUUCCAACAGCCCCCCUUACGUCUGCUACGUCACCCUGCCGGGGGGCAGCUGCUUCGGCAGCUUCCAGUUCUGUCCCACCAAGGCCGAAGCCCGGAGGAGCGCUGCGAAGAUCGCGCUGAUGAAUUCCGUGUUCAACGAACACCCUUCCCGACGGAUCACGGAUGAGUUCAUCGAGAAGAGCGUUUCCGAGGCUCUGGCAUCCUUCAACGGCAAUCGAGAGGAAGCUGAUAAUCCCAACACUGGGAUCGGUGCCUUCCGCUUCAUGCUGGAAUCCAACAAGGGGAAAUCGAUGCUGGAGUUCCAGGAGCUGAUGACCGUGUUCCAACUGCUGCAUUGGAAUGGCAGCCUCAAAGCCAUGCGGGAGAGGCAGUGCUCACGGCAGGAAGUGCUGGCUCACUAUUCCCACCGCGCUCUGGAUGACGACAUAAGGAACCAGAUGGCCAUGGACUGGGUGAACCGGGAGCAGAGCAGCCCGGGGGCUCUUUCCAGAGAGCUGGCAUCCACGGAGCGGGAGCUGGAUGAAGCCCGCCUGGCCGGGAAGGAGCUGCGCUUCCAUAAGGAGAAGAAAGACAUCCUGAUGCUGGCUGCUGGCCAGCUGGGAAGCACGCACUCCUCCAGCUGCUAGGCUCCGGUGCUGGCGUCCCGCUUCCCAACGGGAUCCAGCCCUAAAGCAUGUUCCCAACUUUCCGGCCCGUUUGCACAUUGGAGAGGAAUUGGAAAGGGAAAAGCUCCUUUAGAGAUCUUUAACCCUUGUUGUAAUACUUUGCUUCCAGCUCUGCUGCUCCCGAGCUCCUCCUGCUGCUGGUGGUAUUCCAGAGCCGGCAGCAUUCCGGGGAUUUAGCACUUCUCCUUGGAGCAUAGACCUGCUUUCUGAUGCUCUUCUGCUUCUAGAAUAGAGGGGGCUCUGUCCAACCCCCUUCACAACGAGUUAAACCCCAGAGGGAAAAGCUCCUGAGCAUGGCAAAAGGGAUUUAAACUGGGAUCUUGGUCUGGCCAGGCUUAAAUGUGGGAAUCCGGCAUUCCAGGCUCGGGAUUUGCAGCCCACAUGGCCCUGCUCUGGCUCUUCAUGCCCGGGGGGGAUGUAGUGCAUUAACAACCACCCCCAAUGGUGCUUAAGGGGGGGUUUAUUCAUCUCCCGCCCUGCUCCUCCUUAAUCCGUGUUGGAUUCUUGGAGUGUUGAACCCAAAUCCUGGCCCAAGCUGGGAAUUCUGCAGGAAAUGGAGGGUUUGGGCUUCCAGGUGAGUGACACUCCCGAAGGUUCCCCCUGGAGCCUCCUUCCCAAGGCAGGUUGCAAAGGCCUGGCCGGGCUUCCAGCGGGAAGCAGGGAAUGGGGAGCCCUGGGAGUGCCAGGCUCAGGUAGCCAAGACCUCAAAUCAGGUCCAGUCACCUGCGACUGGGGUUAAGUCUCAGCUGACUAGGUCUGAUCUUAAGUCUGUGUUCACCAGAACAGUGUUUAAGUCCCAGUUAACCAGAGCUGGGUUUAAGUCUUGCUUAACCACAAGUGAUUUCAAGUCUUGCUUAACCAGAACAGUGUUUAAGUCUUUGUUGGCCAGAGCUGGGUUUAAGUCCCAGUUAACCAGAGCUAUGUUUAAGUCUUGCUUAACUACAGCUGAUUUUAAGUCUUCCUUAAGCAGAACAGUGUUUAAGUCCCAGUUAACCAGAGCUGUGCUUAAGUCUUGCUUAACCAGAACUCAUUUUAUGUCUCAGUUAACUAGAACUGGUUUUAAGUCUUGUUUAAGCAGUGUUUAAGUCUCAAUUAACUAGAACUGAUUGUAAGUCUUGUUUAAGCAGUCUCAGUUAACUAGAGCUGGGUUUAAGUCUUGUUUAACCAGAGCAGUGUUUAAGUCUUACCUAACCAGAGCUGGGUUUAAGCCUUGCUUAACCAGCACGGAGUGUAAGCCUCAGUUAACCAGCGCUGGGUUAAGUCCCAGUUAACCAGAGCCAUGUUUAACCCCGAACCAGGGCUCAGCUCCUGCCCCUCGCUCCAGGCCAUUCCCAAGCCCCUUCCUGCUUUUCUAAUGCGGGCAGCUGGAAUCCCAGCCUCCACAUUAGCCGUAGCUCCUCCGCCUUUGUAAUCUCUUUCCAACAACCCUGGUUUAGUGGGAUUUAUCCCUAUUUUUUAUACGCAGCCUCUUGCCAUGAUGAUGCUUAAAGUCCCAUGGGAUGGAAAGGGGGGGAUUUGCCGUUGUUAUUCCUUUUCCCAUUGGGAUGGGAUCAUUGGUGCUUCUGGAGCCUUCCACAACCUUCCAGAGCAUCAAAUGGCCAUUCCUGGCAAUCCCGGAGCCCGCUGGCGAGCCUCUGCCUCUGCCCAGAAAGUGGGAAAGGGGCAAAUACCGGUUUCCACAGCAUCCCCUGGGAUCGUUCUGUGUUACGGCAGCGCCAGGGGCGAAUCGCUGCCGCCACCGCGCCUUGUGUACGACUUUAUGCAAUAAACACCCGGUUUGGGGGUAA